AUGUAUCCAUGGCGAGAAUUCGAUCUCAUCGCUGGUACAAGUACCGGAGGUCUCUUGGCGAUAAUGCUAGGCCGACUUCGGAUGUCUAUUGAUGAAUGUGAAGCUGCGUACGCGCAGCUCGCCACGGACAUAUUCACCCCACGUAGGCAUCGAGCUAAUUUCUUGGGCCAGUCGGUCGAUUUUCUUAAGGCCAAUGGAAAGUUUGAUGAACAACCCCUUGAAAAAAAUUUGAAGAAUAAUAUCAAAGAUGCGGGUUUAGACGAAGAGGAAUUUCUUCAUGACAUGAGAGCCGACUCUCCUAAGGUAUCAUUUGGGGACCUUGCAGACGUUAAGAUCUGGGAGGCUGGUCGAGCAACAUCAGCAGCCUCAACUUUCUUCGACCCUAUUACCAUCGGCCAAAAUGGGGAGAGAUUUGCAGACGGUGCAAUACAUUACAAUAACCCUAUUCGGCUUGUGUUACAAGAGUCGUAUGCGCUCUGGCCAACUGGAGAGCGGCUUCUAAUAAGCAUUGGUACUGGUAGCGCUCCGGGUAAAGCAAUCGAUUCCAGCUUGCUGAACUUGGUGAACCAGUUAGUUCACAUCGCGACGGAGACAGAGAAGACCGCGCGCGAGUUCUUACUAGAUCACGAAGAUAUGGUAAAGGCGGACAGACUGUUCAGAUUUAACGUAUACCAUGGGCUUGGGGAUAUCGGUCUGGAUGAGUCCAAAGAGAUCGAACAGAUCUCUGCGAGAACCCGAACGUACCUGAGGGAUCCAGAAGUUACUCGAAAAGCAAUAGCAUGUGUCAGUGCAAUGAGGGAACUAAGAGGUGCUAGUUUAUCUUUGUAA